AUGUCGCGGUUCGGAGAGGUGAAGAUCGAGGAGGUGCUGACCUACAAGGUAGCCCCGGCGUGGAACAAGGAGAAGGUUUGUCAAGAACAAGGACGGUACAAGGAGCACGAGCAGAUCCGGGAGCAAGCUCUAAGCGCUCUAAGCGAGAAACAGCGGCAAGGCCAGGGGAAGAGGAGGGGCGUGGAGAAGGUCCAAGACCGGGAGAGGGGCGGGGCUAGGUAUAGGAUCCGAUUAGCCGGCAGGACCCGAGCGAAGAGAAAGGGACGGUGCGAAGAGAAGUGGGCAGGCCGGGCAAAAAGUGGGGCAGGGCGAGGUUCAGCUACAACAGCAGGUGCAGGUUCAAGCCACGCUGUGUUCUGUCCCACGAUAAACCCUGCUGGCCCUGCGCGGCCGAGACUACAAGUCCUCUGGAUGCUGUGGUUACUGUUGGCGGUGCUAUUAUCACCGUGGAGUCUGUGGGCUGUUGAGGAGUGCACCUGGCAGGUUGUCCUGAACAAGUUCGAGAUGGUAGGCACGAACAGCGUGAGUGACCACUUCUUUGAUCAAGAGCCUCUGGACACAGUGGACAGCUUGUUUGGCCUUCUGGUAGACGCACCCAUAGACCCGGACGAGAAAUACCUGGGCUUCCCUUACUACCUGAAGAUCAAUUACUCCUGCAAGGGAGAGUCCUCCGAGGCUCUCGUCCGCAAGGGCCACCUGACAGGGCUGAAGCCUGUGGUGCUAGUCACCUUCCAGUCCCCAGUUAACUUCAAUCGUUGGAAGUUAGAGCAGCUACAGAUCCAGAUGGAGGCAGCUCCCUUCCGCAGCAAAGAACAGUGCAGCGCAGAGGAGGUGUGUGUCAUGAGCUGGUACACGCCCAUGCCUCUCAAGAAUGGCAGUGUGGUCAUGUAUGUGGAUGUCAGCAGUAAUGGCCUAGGGCCCUUCAUCCCCAACAAAAGGUUUCAGGUGAACAUCAAUGGCUUCCUGAAGAGAGAGCAACACAACAAACUCCGGUUCACUGUGGGAAAUGAGCUCUUCAAUCUGAUACCCCGGUACUUUGUGAACGUCUCAUCGAGACCCUUGUGGUACACUGUGGACCAGGCACCUGUGCUCAUCCUGGGUGGAAUUCCUGAGGAGAAGUCCAUCCUGCUGACUGACACCAGCUUCAAGGACUUUUUUCUUGUGGAGUUGAGCAUUGACAGCUGCUGGGUAGGCUCCUUCUACUGCCCCCAGGCCAGCUUCACCGCCACCAUCUACGAUGCCAUCGCCACAGAGAGCACCCUCUUCAUUCGGCAGAACCAGCUUGUCUACUAUUUUACAGGCACCUAUAUCACACUCCACGAGGGCAACCAUGGCAGUGAGAGCUGGGUACGUGUACUGCCCAACGAGUGCAUCAAGAAGCUGUGCCCCGUGCAUUUUCACAGUAAUGGCUCCGAGUACAUCAUGGCCCUCACCGUUGGGAAGCACGAAGGUUAUGUCCACUUUGGGACCAUCACUGAUGGCCAUGUGUCCUUCAAGAUGCUGCCCAGGAAACAGUCUGUGUGUGAAAGGAUACAAGUUGUCGUCUGCUCCGUAACCUGGGCCGUAUACAUUGAGGGUGGCUACAAUCUACUGCUGCUAGUGGAGACUGAAGACAAUGGUGCCAGGAAGAAUUUCCUGGUGGUCAGCUACAACCUGGUCACUGAUUCCCUGGAAGUUGUCUACACCAUCCCGAAAUUCAUUCCUGAUGCACGAGGCCUGGAGUUCCUGAUGAUCCUAGGGACAGAAUCGUAUACCAGCUUCCCAAUGGUGCCCAAGGGCAUGUCCUACAACCCAUUUAACAGCCUGAUGUUCAUCUGGGGAAACUUUCUCCUGCAGAGCUAUGACAAUGAAAACUUCAUCUACCUGGCAGACUUCCCCAAGGAGCUGUCCAUCAAGUAUCUGGUCAACUCGUUCCAUGGGGACAUAGCUGUUGUCACAGAGACGGAGGAGAUCUGGUACCUCCUGGAGGGCAGCUAUCGGGUGUACAAGCUGUUCCCCUCCGAGGGCUGGGAGGUGUAUGUCAGCCUACAAGUGAUGCAUCAGUCCUCUCUCUACGCUCCCAGUGAGACCAUGGUCACCCUCUUCUAUGAAGACAGCAGUUUGUACCAGCUGGUGUACCUUGUAAACAACCAUCAUCAGGGCCAGCUCGUCAAGAGGCUUGUGCCUGUGGAACAACUCCUCAUGUACCAACAGCUCAGCAGCCGAUACCUCUUGCCACGGCAAAGGAGUCACUCGAAGCUCUCCUUCACCAACUUCUGCCCCUUCACGGUGAUGCGCCUGAGAGACCUGCCCAACCCGCAGAUCUACACGCGCCAGGAGCGCUACAGGGCGAAGCCGCCGCGCGUCUUGGAGCCCUCCGGCUUCCACACCAAGAACUCGCUAGCUGUCUAUCAGGGCCUCGUCUACUACCUGCUCUGGUUGCAGUCCAAGUACGACAAGCCUUACGCAGACCCGGUGCACGACUCCACCUGGCGCUGGUGGAAGAACAAGAAACAGGACCAGGACUACUACUACUACCUGGCGAGCACCUGGCAAAGUGCGGGUAAUGUGCACAUUGACAUGGCCAACUACAAAAAGAUCUACGACCUCAAGGCCGAGUACCAGCUACCCGAGCGCAUCUUCCUGGAUAAGGGCACCAGCUACCGCUUCUCCAUCUUCCUGACCGCCCGGGGCCACUCGUUCAAGUCGAGGCCUGAGCCUGGCAACAUCUUCCAGCUCCAGAGCCAGGUGGACCUAGGCGUGGUGCUGUCCGACCCAGACUGCACUGAGGUGGUGGUGAAGCAGAAGGUCCUUAUUAAUCGCAACUCAGUGCUUUUCUGGAUUACGCUCAGUGAUAAAAGUUUUUGCUUUGACCAGGGCAUUAGUGGACAUAAUCUCAUGAAGACCUCCAUGCUGGUCAAGGUUGUGGGGUCGGCUGGGCACUGCUUCCAGAACACGGACCAGGGGACCCGCAUGCAAGGUAACCUGAUGGUGCCAGUGCUUAUCGGCUGCCCACCCGGCAAGCGCCUGGCCUUUGACAUCACCUACACUCUGGCGUACAACCGCUUACAAAACAAACACUUCUUCGACUGCAUUCAGGUGGAUCCUGAGAUGCCCUGCUUCCUCUUCCGUGACAUGUUCUACCCCUUCUUCUUGAUCCAAGAUUUGGUGACAGGAGACUCUGGUAGUUUUCAGGGCAGCUAUGUUCUGAAGGUGGUGGGCGGCGGGCCUACCCUGGACACCAUCAAAGAAUACAGCGAGGAAGAGAUUUACCGCUUCAACAGCCCUCUGGACAACUCUGACAGCCUCAUCUGGACCACCAAGAACACAACAACCAAGGAUUCAGCCUUCAGCAUUCUGUCCCACCAGAGCUUGGGCAUUGAGUGGCUGUGUCUGGAGAACUCCCCAUGCCAUGACGCUGUUCCCCAUAGCAUCUACACCCCCGAAUUCUUCUUCAAGGUGUUGGUGAGCAAUAGAGGUGUGGACAAGAGCACAUACUGUGAUUACCAGCUCAUCUUCCUGCUGCAUAUCCAUGGGCUUCCACUCAGUGCCAAGAGGGCCUUCUUCAUCCUCAUGGUGUCAGCCAGCGUGUUUCUCGGCCUAGUGAUCCUCUACAUCAUCAUCUGCCUCUUGCUGCCUCUUAUGGUUAAGAUCUGCAACAUCCUUCGCUGGAAGAUCAACAACAUCAUCACCUCAGAAUCCUACUACACUUACAGCUCCUCUUCCAGAGACUUCAGCAGCACAUCUGAGACCAAAUCUAGUGUUGACUCCAAGGUCAGCUCCAACGCAGGAGAGAAUAAGGCUGAACCUGAUGAAACCAUGAAGAAGAAAUCACUGACCUGA